GUGUGUGUGUUCAUGCCAGUUCCAUUGCACAGAGGGGGGAUGCAAACGGCUCUUCAUCUCCUGUCUGAGUAUCACAGAGGACCCUUGAUAAAGAUUGAGAGAAGCACUGACUGUGUUGCAGUCUCUAAUGCCAGUGCUUUGCAGCCUUUUCUGGGUUUCUUAAUAUCAGUGGAAAUUCUGCAGGUAGCUACUCCCCCUAAAUGUCAAGCGACAGGAAGUUCUCUGUGUUGAUGGAGGGGAGCCCCCUGGACCCCCCCUCUCCGUCCUGCUGCAAGUCAGCGCUGAGCAAUGGGCAGGUGCUGCAGGUGCUGACAGCUGACAACACUCUCUCCUCAGCGGGCGAGUUCGAUAUGCAGGGCUGCACGGAGCGACUGAGGACCCUGGGGAUACAGGUGUCCUGCACAGAGUACACUGAGGAGCUGCACCAGGCUGUCAUGAACCCCGAGGUGCGCAGGUAUCUGUUCUGCAGCUCGAGAGCCUUCUCCAUGGCUAUAGCAGUGCUGUGCUACGUGACGCUGUGGGUGAACCUGUACACCUCCCUGCACCUGGUCUCCACGGCGACGCACUGGUCACUCAGUGUGCUGGUCAGUGUGUCCGCGGCGCUGCUCACUGCAGCGCUGGUGCUGCUGCUGGACAGGCACGGCGCUCGCAUGAACACCAACACGGACGUGCGUCUGGCCGGAGUGAACGAGAGGCUGCUGAGACACAACCUGCUGCUGGGGAUCACAGAGCUGCUGGAGCGGGGCCGGCCUCGCGUGCAGCUCUGGUUUGUGUAUUUCGACCUGGCGAUGUGCAGACAGACCCUGACCAGCCGACUGGAGCGCUGGAAGAGCAGCAAGCAGUCACAAUUACGAGAGCGGCUGGACCAGCUCUGUGUCGUCAUCGACAAUCCACUCAGCCAAUCGGAAGAGGGGAGGGCGGGGCCCCUGGUCGGGGAGGACGUCCCCCUGCUGUCCAGUCUCAGCACAGGGAGCGGGGCCGAGAGGAAGCGCCUGACCUCCAGCCAAGUGGUGAGACUCGUCCCAGACGGGACGCCCCAGGACAUGGCUGACCGGCUCCUGUUGAUUCACUCCGGGACCUACGUCCGGCUGCUUGCCUGCGGAUUGCUGCCCAGAGUGAGCUCCUCUCUGCACGGGGGCCCUCCCUGCGUGUGCCAGUUCAUCGAGGCGGCUGUGCUGGGCUCGGACAGCCCCUGCUGCUGGAGCCAUGCUUGGCAGUAGCACCCUGCUCGGGGACCCACACAUUGAAAACAAUAUUCUACCAGAGCAAAUGGAUUGAAUUAUUCCACUGGCAGAUGUCGUUUUUAUUUCUUGUAAAUGUGUAUUUUAUAUUGUGAAGGUGUUUUGUUCCAUU